GACACACAAAUAGUGAGUGAACCACUGCACAGGUAGUUAAAUUCACGGUUGACUGAACCUGAGACUUGCACAUACUGCAGGUGCUAUACAUGUUACCCCUCCAUUUUACUUCUCCCUCCUGGCUCUGCUGUUGAAGUAGAUGUGAAUGAAUCAUGUGGGGAAGAACUGUUUGUGUGGAGGGGAUAUACGUACACAAGUAUUUUUAUCUUGAAAAAUCAAUUAAUCUCACAGUUUUUUUAAACAGACUGUUGAGGCAGCUAGUAUUGGGAAAAGUGAGGAGAAAUAAUGUGUUACUAGGUCAUUAUAGUGGCAGUACAGUUAGAAAGACAAAGCCCCAGGAAGGCCUUAUAAUAAUGAAGAGGACUGAAUGGAACAGCUAAAAAAGGAAAGAAGAAGUAAAGGCACUUGAAUCAACCUACAAGUGAAUAGACUCUUAUGCAUAAUGGAGAUAGACCAAGCUCUGCUGGAUUCUCUACCUUUGCCGCAGAGACUGAAGCUCUGCAAGCAGCUCAGACACGAGCAAGUGAGAAGGUACAAUGAACGACAGAAGGAAGAAGCCCAAAGAGGAGGAGUGCAGCGGAAGCGGAAGGAGAACAAAAAGGGGACCCAGGUUAACUUUCAUGGCAGCGCCCGUCUGUGGGAUGCCACAGCAAGAUUUGAUGACAGAGAGGUUAUGAAACUACUACAGGAUGGUUUCCCGCCUAAUUUGACAAAUGCCAAAGGUGGCACGCUUCUUCACCAGUGUGCUCAAGAUGACAAUGUAUCAGUGGCUGAAGUUUUAAUCGCACGAGGAGCGAGUGUGAAUGCACGAGAUGUGGACCUGUGGACGCCACUUCACAUAGCUGCCGCUUGCGACAACCCAGAUAUGGUGCAGCUGCUGCUACAGAGUGGAGCAGAUGCUGCAGUACUUGAUAUAGAUGGGAAUUUCCCAUCAGACCACGCUCCAGAGAGCAGUGAGGCAGCGUUAAUGCUCGCGAGGCAUCUUGACAGACUCGGUAUUGACAGCAACAAAUUGAAAGAAAUACGUCUCCAAGCUCCCAGGAGGAUGGCAUCUGAUGUGAAGGAACUUUUGGCUCAAGGUCAAGGUCAAGUGGGUCUUGCCAGCAAUAAUGGUGUGACUCUGCUACAUAUAGCAAGUGCCAAUGGGUACAGAGAGGUGGUCAAGCUACUGCUGGACAGUACAGUGGACGUUAAUGCCCAGGACAGUGACGGAUGGACAGCCCUACAUGUGGCUGCCAAGUACUGCCAGAUAAAGAUAGUAGGCAUGCUGCUGAAAAAGAAAGCAAACCCACAUCUUGUGAAUAAUGAAGACCAGAAGCCAUCAGAUAUUGGAGGGACCGAAAAGAUAGUGGACAUGUUGAAGAAAGCAGAACAGGAUUCUGGGGCAAAGAUGGAGGUUGAAAUCCAAAAUGGAGGAGAGGAUGGUGACUCUGAGAUUACGUUUUUAAGAGUGAAUAGUAGAACCAUGACCCCCAGACAUGUGCCCCUGUCCAAGCAGGAGGAGCUUCAAGAGGGCCAGAGGAGGGUGGCAAAGUCCCCAGCUCCUGGACAAGAUGAGGAUGAGGAUGAGGAAGAAGAUGUCUAUGAGAACCUCAACUUAGCUAGGAUACAGGAGGAACUGAUCGAUGAAAAGGUACGCCUUCCAACAGUGUCCAGCACAGAUGACCUGGCCAGCUUACCUGAGGUCACAGAGAGGUCAAUCCUGACACACCUGCAGGACAGGUACAGGGGGAACCAGAUUUAUACCUAUGUUGGUGACAUUCUCAUUGCGCUGAAUCCUUUCAAGGAGCUGCCAUAUUUUACCAGAUGGGUGUCCAAGCAGUACCACAAGGGGUCCGACCAGACCCCCCAUGACCAGACCCCCCUGUCCCCCCAUGUGUUUGCAGUGGCAGACAAGGCAUACAAGGCUCUCCUGAGGGAGAACUCCUCCCAGUGCUGUAUUAUCAGUGGAGAGUCGGGGGCCGGGAAAACAGAAACGUGUAAAUUCCUCAUACAACACUUGUUGAAUGUUGCUGAAAGUGAUGAGAGGGAUCUUAACUAUAAGAUACAGCAGGUGAAUCCUCUGUUGGAGUCCUUUGGCAAUGCUCAGACUGUGAUGAACGACAACUCAAGCAGAUUCGGGAAGUUCCUUGAGCUGAAAUUCUCCUAUGAUGGCAUAGUCCAAGGAGCCAAAAUCACAGAGUACCUGCUGGAAAAGUCCAGGGUGGUUUCUCAGGGAGUGAAGGAAAGGAAUUUUCACAUUUUCUACCUAAUGUUUGCUGGCCUGUCUCCUGAUGAAUACAGGAAAUAUGGACUGGAGUCCCCACACAGACACAGGUAA